CGCGGCUCCCCUCGGCCCCGGCGCUCCCCGGCCCGGCGGCACGGCGACCAUGGACAAGAUCCUGGAGGGCCUGGUGAGCUCCUCGCACCCGCUGUCGCUGAAGCGGGUGAUCGUGCGGAAGGUGGUGGAGUCGGCGGAGCACUGGCUGGACGGGGCGCAGUGCGAGGCCAUGUUUGACCUGACCACCCGGCUCAUCCUGGAGGGCCGCGACCCCUUCCAGCGCCAAGUGGGCCACCAGGUGCUGGAGGCCUACGCGCGCUACCACCGGCCCGAGUUCGAGGCCUUCUUCAACAAGACCUUCGUGCUGGGCCUCCUGCAGCAGGGUUACCACUCGCUGGACAGGAAGGACGUCGCCAUCCUGGACUACAUCCACAACGGCCUGAGGCUGAUCAUGAGCUGCCCGUCGGUGCUGGACCUCUUCAGCCUGCUGCAGGUGGAGGUGUUACGGAUGGCGUGCGAGAGGCCCGAGCCGGCCUUCUGCGCCCGGCUCAGCGACCUGCUGACGGACUUCGUGCAGUGCAUCCCCAAGGGGAAGCUGUCGGUCACCUUCUGCCAGCAGCUGGUCCGAACCAUCGGUCACUUCCAGUGCGCGUCCACCCAGGAGAAGGAGCUGCGCGAGUAUGUCUCCCAGGUCACGAAAGUGAGCGGCUUGCUUCAGAACAUCUGGAAGGCCGAGCCCUCCACGCUGCUGCCUUCCCUGCAGGAAGUCUUCGCCAGCAUCUCUUCCACAGAUGCGUCAUUUGAGCCUUCUGUAGCACUGGCAAGCCUAGUCCAGCAUAUUCCGCUUCAGAUGAUUACAGUUCUCAUCAGGAGCCUCACCACCGACCCAAACGUGAAAGACGCAAGCAUGACCCGGGCUCUCUGCAGAAUGAUUGACUGGCUGUCCUGGCCAUUGGCUCAGCAUGUGGAUACAUGGGUAAUUGCACUUCUGAAAGGAUUAGCAGCGGUUCAGAAGUUUACUAUAUUGAUAGAUGUUACUUUGCUGAAAAUAGAACUGGUUUUUAAUCGCCUUUGGUUUCCUCUUGUGAGACCUGGUGCUCUUGCCGUUCUUUCUCACAUGCUGCUUAGUUUUCAGCAUUCUCCAGAGGCGUUCCAUUUGAUUGUUCCUCAUGUAGUUCAUUUGGUUCACUCUUUUAAAAGUGAUGGCCUGCCUUCCAGUACAGCCUUCUUAGUGCAGUUAACAGAAUUGAUACACUGUAUGAUGUAUCAUUAUUCUGGAUUUCCAGAUCUCUAUGAACCUAUCUUGGAUGCAAUAAAGGAUUUUCCUAAGCCCAGUGAAGAGAAGAUUAAAUUGAUUCUCAACCAAAGUGCCUGGACUUCUCAAUCCAAUUCUUUGGCAUCUUGCUUGUCUAGACUUUGUGGAAAAUCUGAAACUGGAAAAACUGGUCUUAUUAACCUAGGAAACACAUGUUAUAUGAACAGUGUUAUCCAAGCAUUGUUUAUGGCUACGGAUUUCAGAAGACAAGUAUUAUCUUUAAAUCUAAAUGGGUGCAAUUCAUUGAUGAAAAAAUUACAACACCUCUUCGCCUUUUUGGCUCACACACAGAGGGAAGCAUACGCACCUCGGAUCUUCUUUGAGGCUUCCAGACCUCCAUGGUUUACGCCCAGGUCACAGCAGGACUGUUCUGAGUACCUCAGGUUUCUGCUAGACAGGCUCCAUGAAGAAGAAAAGAUCUUGAAAGUUCAGUCCUCACACAGGCCACCCGAAAGUCUGGGGUGUGGAGAAACAUCUUUGCAAGAAGUAGCCAACAAGACAGUACUGUCAGACACUUCUUGCGCAAAUGAAAGUGAGAAGACUUUAAUAGAAAAAAUGUUUGGAGGAAAACUAAGGACUCACAUAUGUUGCUUGAACUGCAGGAGUACCUCACAGAAAGUGGAAGCGUUCACCGACCUUUCACUGGCCUUUUGUCCUUCCCCACCCAUGGAAGACUUACCUUUCCAAGACCCAGCAUCAUUACCCCAUGCCCAAGAUGGCAGCCUGAUGUGUACCAGUGUGCCCGCUCCUGCCGAAGACCCAGUAGUGUAUAAUCCAGCUGCCUUUGUGUGUGACUCAGUUCUGAAUGAAACAAUAGGCAGUCCUCCUGAUGAAUUUCACUGUCCUGAAAACCACACUUCUGUCCCUAAUGAACCUGCCAAGAUUCUUGUCAGUAAAGAUGUACCUCAGAAACUCGGAAGCGAGAUCACACCUUCCGUAACUGACUUACUAAAUUAUUUUUUGGCUCCAGAAAUUCUUACUGGUGACAACCAAUAUUAUUGUGAAAAUUGUGCCUCUCUGCAGAAUGCUGAGAAAACUAUGCAAAUCACGGAGGAGCCUGAAUACCUUAUUCUAACUCUCCUAAGAUUUUCAUACGAUCAGAAGUAUCAUGUGAGAAGAAAAAUCUUAGACAAUGUGUCACUGCCACUGGUUUUGGAACUGCCGGUUAAACGAACUACUUCCUUUUCUUCAUUGUCAGAAAACUGGUCUGUAGAUGUUGACUUCACUGAUACUAGUGAGAACAUAGCUAAAAAACUAAAGCCUUCGGGGACUGAAGAAACUUUCUGCCCCAAAUUAGUGCCCUACGUACUGAGUUCUGUUGUGGUUCACUCGGGCGUAUCCUCUGAGAGCGGGCAUUACUACUCCUACGCCAGAAACACCACGGGCACAGAGUCCUCGUUCCAGAUGUGCCACCAGCCAGAACCGCUGGCAUUAACUCCCUCCCAGAAUCACCUACUAGGGCGAGACUGCCCCACCGCCAAUAUGGAACAGGAUUUGGAAAAUAAGGAAAUGUCAAAAGAAUGGUUUUUAUUUAAUGACAGCAGAGUGACAUUUACUUCAUUUCAGUCGGUCCAGAAAAUUACGAGUAGGUUUCCAAAAGACACAGCUUAUGUGCUUUUGUAUAAAAAACAGAAUAGCACCGGUAGUUUAAAUGAUAAUAAUACAACCAGUGGACUCUGGCUAAAUGGAGACCCACCUCUACAGAAAGAACUUAUGGAUGCUAUAACAAAAGACAAUAAACUAUAUUUACAGGAACAAGAGUUGAAUGCUCGAGCCCGGGCCCUCCAAGCUGCGUCUACCUCUUGUUCCUUCCGGCCCAACGGAUUUGAUGACAACGACCCACCAGGAAGCUGUGGGCCAACGGGGGGCGGCGGGGGAGGCGGAUUUAAUACAGUUGGCAGACUCGUGUUUUGAUCCCUGGAGCCCAGAAUGCACUUGGUCACAAAGCAUCCAAUACUAUCUUUGACUGUUAAAAUGUCAGACUGUAACCAAUACCAUAUCUUUUAUUUUUCUUUUCAUUAGACCCUCAUGCUUUAAGAAAACACAGUGCUUGUUUUUAUUUUCUGGACAAUACAUUUAUUAACAAAAUGCAUCAUGGGAAAAGAAUCUACCUCUUAAAGUUCCAUUUAUGGUUAAAUAUGCUUGACCAAAAAUGUUGAAAGGAAAAAAAAAUGUACCUGGUCCCUAAUUAAGCUGCAUUAAAUUUGGUAGAAUUAUUUAAAUAGUCUAUAUUUAGUUUCACCAAACCAAGAAACAAUUCAUUUGCAUUCUUUAUAAAAGAAUUGAUUUCAGGUUUAAGAGAAAUACUGUUUUGUUUUCUAAGUCCUUUAUUUCAGAUGUAGAUACCCAUGUUUUAAUUCAAGUCAUGGACAAUACUAGAGGAUCCAGUCUCCAAUGAAGGCAAUAACAUAAGACGUACCAAGCUGUCCUACUUCUCCGACUUCUGUGUGGUCUGCUUUCCGUGUCCCUGUAUCUGCAUUUGACGUACAGAGGUUUUUUUAAAAA